AUGACGAUUCUUGGUUCUAAUAUGACACACAAUGGUAUGUUUACAGAAUCAUCAUUCCAUUUUGACACAGACCGAGUGGAGAUUGAUCCCUUGGAUGACCGGAAGAGGAAACCGGUGGACUUAGCUCAAGCCAGAGGACAUACAGCAGUAGUAAAGUACCUUGAACGUGAACUCCACAAGAGGAAGAGUCUGUUUCCGCGUAUAGAUAUUUGGCAACUUGUCUUUGGACCCGCAGGUAACAGCAAAGGUCCUCUUUUGUUCUUCCUGUGUAGCGUCUUCCUGUGGGGUUAUCCAAUGUAUCUCUUUCGGUGUGUCCCUCUAACUUGGGAUGACCAUCCCAAUAUCCAUACAUUUUUCCUAACAACAAAUGCCGCUAUGUGGGCUAGCCUGAUCGCAGCCCAUAGCCUCGAUCCCGGGUUUCUACCACGAAACACCAACGAAUACCACCAAACAAUACGCCAGAUAACAAACUUAGAAAAGUGGCGUGAAGAUCGUAAUCCUGUUUUCCGUUUGUGCCACACUUGCCGAACUGUUCGUCCACUGAGGGCCAAACAUUGCCGCGUCUGUAACCGGUGUGUCCUGCAUUUUGACCACCACUGUCCAUAUAUUUACAACUGCGUUGGGCUUUAUAAUCGGAUAUGGUUCUUGUUGUUUUCUGCUAUGGUUGCCAUCAAUUGUUCCGUGACUGUGUAUUUUGCUUUUGCCUGUAUUUGGAAAGAGGGCUGGACGCUUCUCUACGUGGCAGGUCUCUUGGAAGCCAUCUUCUUCUGUGGCCUUGGAUGGAUUUUAGCUGGAAGUACA